UUUCGAUUCAUUGCGAUCUUUUCAGGUUCCAUCCUAUGCGGCGCGCUCUGGUACUUCUUUCAGGAGGUUUGCUCGCGGUGCAUGCAGCCGUACAGCCAUGGAGUAACGGCCGCGCUGCACUGCACGACAUGGCACAAGGAGUGGAUACGUCAAUCACCACAUGCCCUGCAUGGAUUGGCAACGACUACUAUAUUGUCGAUCAAUCCGGCGCGUGCCUUGCUUGCAAUGUAUUCGAUGACAAUUGCUGGGACUCACCCAUUCCGACGUCACCAGGGUCGGCAAGUUUGUUUACAUUGGGUACAGCGGCCGGUGUCGUCGUCACUUCGGCCCCCGCCGUGCAAUUUCCACACACGACCAACAGCCAACACACAGCCGUGGUGACGUUACGCAGCACUGCCGUGAACGCCGCCAACGACUUCACCAUCUUGUCGCCUGAAUCCGACUACACUUGGGCUGAUUUUGACACGAAUCGCAACAACUACGUGUGGUCCAAAUUGAACCCUGCCACGAUGACCCCUGGAGUGUACGUGGCGCAAGUGGAAGCGUGGCAACCCGUGAACCUCCGCAGUGGCAUCUGUCAGUUGUGCUUUUCCGUGUCUGACCACUUCCGUCCGCGAUCGACCACGCCGUGCCCUGCCAGCACUGGCGACUUUACCAAGGUCGGGUGGCCCGAGAACGUCGGCACGUUGACCGCGUACUUGACCAGCGUCCAGGCGUUCGUCACGUCGUUCGUCAACAAUGCGUGCUCGAGCCCCGUGGAUGCGUCGUGCCAAGACGUCGUGCAAGUGACCGGGUCCGACUGGUUUGGGUGUCCCCUCAACCUAGCAGUGGCCGAGUUCAAGUCGCCGUCGCAAUUCUUCCAAAAGAACUUUGCAGCAACUUGUGUAGCAACUAAACUCGUGGAGAAUCCGUUCCUGAGCGCCGCCGUACUGGCCAGUCCAGAGCUCACGCUCAGCCCCGCCAAAUGCACCCGCACAGUCUCGUUCGAGUACACGUGGAAGGAAUUCUGGGUCGAGUAUCGCUGCGGCCAACCUUCUGUGAGUCAUUGCAGCGGUGGCGCCGACGGUGCUGCCGGUGGUGACGCCACAUCCACAGCCAAUGCUAAUUCAAAUUUUCAGUGCAAACGUGGCCCAUUGACGUUGGCGGCCACGGCAAACAACUUGGUCACGUCGGUGAGCAUGUCGGCCAACACUGUCGCACUGUCGGCGAAUGCGUUGUACAUUCCGGGCCCGGUGACUACGUUCCCCAGCUUGGGGUACUCUUCGACGCGCCAAAUCCACUUUUGGUCGACGCCUGCCACCGCCGCCUUCAACGGCGACCUCGUGCCCCUUUUGAUCCCCAUCCAAAGUUUGUUUACCCCCCAAGCCCUUGGCAACGCUAUCGCAGGUCUGACGUUGCCGACCGUGUCCCAGCUCGUGUUUUGGCGGUGGCGUGUCGGUACAACGUGGCGUGACUUUGCCCAAAACGACAAAGUGACGUUAUCGAGCUUGGCGACCGUGGUCACGUUCGAGGCGUGGACGCAGUGCGGGAUCAAGGCGGUCGAUCCGGCUAUCUCGUGGACCGUGUACAACCACCGGCGCCAAACCAUCCCAAACGUGGAUGAAUGGUUCCAAGGCAACUGGAAGUUCCCGACCGCCAGUGACGCGCACUGCAACGUCCGCGACAGUGACUUUGCCGCCCUCACGUUUCGGUAUGACGCCACGGAGCUGCAGACCAAAGUCACCAACUGGACCUUCCAAAGCAUGAAGUGCUCGUGGAUGUAUGGGACGUUGGUUAACAAUGUGCAGUUUGCACCAAGUGCCCAGUCGUGGCCGCUCGUGCCCACGGGCGUCUCAAACGAAGUCGUGGAAACCACGUUCGCCCCCAAGUUGCUCAACCGACCCGUGACCCAACUGUCCACGUACUGCGACUUGACGUUCUUCAGCACGGCCGCGGUCAACGGCAUCGCCGUGACCAUCUUUGUCGGGGCGUUCUUGGGCGAGUCCAAAUCGUAUGGCGUGGGCAGCUACAACCUGGACGGCAACUUCCUCGUCAACGUCAACUCGUUCGUCGUGUCGCCGGGCUUUGAAGUCGUGUUUUACAAACAGCUCAACCAACAAGGCAUUGCGUCUGCCGUGUACCAGUUCGACACGCCCCUGACGACUUUUGUCAACUGGAACCCCCAGUCGUUUGUGGCGCGCACGGCCGUGGUCGCAAGCGUCCUGACUCUGUUCGCGGACCCGUUGUACAAGGGCACAAGCGCAGUGUUCGGCAUCGGCACCUCCGACCUCGCCACAGGCUUGGCGCCGUCGUCGCUCCAGCUUGCGACGGGGUUCCAGGUGACCGCAUACGACCAACGCAACCAGCGCGGCAACUCGAUCGUGUUCACGGCCAACUCGUACAUCCUCCCCACCGCAUGGGACAACCGGAUUCUGUCGGUAGCGGUGGACGUGGUCGCGUCGGCGGACGUCGUGACGAUCUACCUGGACGCCAACUACCUCGGGGCGUCUCUGUCGUUUGGCGUGGGGGACUUUGCGCUCCCGACGGCCUUUCGCAACACUGUGUCAUCCAUCAAGCUGGCGGCGGGAUAUAAACUCACCAUAUUUACGAGCCCAGCGUGGACUGGCACCACGACUGUCACGUAUACGGCGACGAGCGGAGGGGCCCUGUGGAUGCCGACACUCGGGACAUGGGACAACCGCGGUCAGUCAUUACGGAUCGCGCCCGCGGUCCCGCCGACGUCCAUUGUCCACACAUACUCGUCCAUCACGCACUGGUUUGAAACGUGCGACGCGCCGUCGUGGACCGGCGCGUUCUACAGCAACGCCGUGUGCGAAGCCACGUGUAUGGCGAACUCGUGGAAGACGCUCGCUGCACGCGUGGCCGCGCCGUUCCAAGCAUGCGCCGGCAACCUCAUCUACCCCGCCAGUCCGUGGGAUGCAACGGCGCUGCCGGUCGCGACGGUGCUGGACGUUGGCGCGACCCGAGGAUGUUGCCGAGAUUGUGACGUGAGUUUGGUGCCGGGGUUCACGGCGGUCACGUGUGCAGGUACGACCGUGUCGGCGGCGAUUUCAAGGUGCCAGCCGGGCGGGUUUACCACGUCCACAAGUCUCCGCGUGACGGCCCCCGCCACCGAUGAUCCGUCGCUGACUUUGCUGCUUUCAUUGGCAAAGGUGGCGACGAUGCUAAAGGGGUUGAUAGUGGGGGUUGUGGUCGUGGGGGUUGUGGCGGUAUUGCGAGGGACCCGGCAACUGCGGGGCGGCAACGAGUACUGGGCGCAUGACAGCACGACGGAUUCACUCACCACUGCCUUCCUUGAAUAGCCACAAACUACUUUCAGUAACAGCCUUAAACGAGUAAUAACGUGACCCCGGACGACGAAACAGCUAACUUUAC